AUACGGUUGGUGGGGGAGGAUCAAUGAUCACUUUUAUGGACAUUAUGGCAAGUUCAUAUUUAGCAAGACUGCGUGUGAAAGUAUUUUGUGGUCGUGAUGCCUACUGCAAACCCACCAACAGAUUGGGCUGAACGAAAUAUACGGAUGGCCUUAGAUUCUGCAAAAAGCUAUAAUUGUGUUAGGUGUGUUGUUGUAUUACGCCAUGUUCCGCAAAGCGAAGGUUUUCAAGCUAGUACACAGCAAACCAAUGCAUCUGGUGGGAGUCAUCGGUUAGCGAUUACUGACCUUGUUUCGCAUCCAUGCUUCAGUCACAUGCCCGCACUAUUGCACGAACUAGACAAGUAGUACGACGUCGCAAGCGCUAGCAGCCAAAGUUCAAGAUCACAGAUCGUUUGUCUAGUUAGUGAUCAUCACAACAGAACAUUUUAUGCGAGAACAAAACACCACGCAGAAGUCUAAUAACAAACGCUGUUAUCUGCCGUGUUGCGUCCGUUAGCAAUACAUAUUCACUGUGUCCCAGAGCCAUUGUUCUGCAUUAGCCAGCAAAGGUGAAGCUGCAAGGAUCUUCUAGCCGUCGAUAACCUGGGCACGGUGGACGGCAGGACGCAGUCUCUGUCUCUGAGGGUGGAAGCCGGAAGCGAAUACAAAAGCAGUGGCACAAGUCUGCCACACGGGAGCGAAAUCGAGGUGUGUGGAACGGGAAGCGUGGGGCGUGGCGGCGUCAGAGACUGCGAAGCGUUAUCACCUCGUUCGCCUGAACAUUGGCCGUGGGAGCUUGAUACGAGCCUCGAUCAGCUGAUCGGUGCUUCAGAGGGAUUUUUUUAAAAAUUGUCAACUCGGUAUGUGGUCCACAUGCUGCUUGCAGUCAUUACCAGUGUAGUCGUCUUAAGCGUUGCCGCAAGACCCCCGCACGUUUGAAAGAUUAUGCUAGUCGGAUUUUCUGGUUGAAAUGUUUCUUCUCUGGAGUGAACUGCAUUUGUGUCGGUGAUAUGGUUGAACGCAGUGCUUGGGACGUAUUCCGCGACGAUUCCGCGACGAUCACUAUCGCCUCGGGCCUCAGCCACGCGCCGAUUGGCUGGUUGAGCACUGCGUCAUGCGAAGGCGAUAGUAUCGUCGUAAGUGAUCGUCACAGAAUACGUCCCCUGCUUGUAUAUUUUAGGGAGAAUAGAAUUUCUCACAUGUACUUGCCAUGCCCCUUACCAUGUGCUUGUAUGAAAAAAUUCUGACCAUGCCAUUGUAAGAUUGGCAGUUUAAACUAUUAAAACAUUCAUGGCAUGUAUUACAUCUAACCAUAGUGUUCCGAAAGUGCUUGACCAUGAGCGUGCCCAAUCGUUGUUGUCACCUCAAUACGUGGCUCGUACCCGCGAGGGGAACGUGUCACUGUUUGGGAACAAGAAGAAGAAGCAGAAGAAGAAGGACGCCGCCAUGCCGGACAAGUCCGCCAAGAAACGUCCAUCUCGCUCUCGGAGGUCACCGUCCGCUUCGCAAGCUGCACGUCGCGGUUCGCCUUCAAAGCGACGCGGCGACUCGCCCGUGAAGCAGGCGAGGUCGUCUCCUUCGAAGAGUCGCAGCUCGCCCAUGAAAAGCCGGUCCUCUUCCCCGUCCCCUGCCAAGGCCGGCGUCGCGAGCCCCUCGAGACCCCGACGUGCUGCCGGUUCGUCGUCCCCCAGACCGUCCCGGUCUCCGCGAGCCGCCGUCAGCAGCAGCAGCAGGCCGUCUCCAAAAGGGGAACUCAGGCUCUUCCGGGCGAAGCUCGAUGCGGCAGCUCAGCGCCACCACGAGCGCCGCAACACGCUCUACCAGUGGCUCAAAAGCCUGACGCAACGGAAAACGACCCCUCCAGAUUUGGGUUCCCCACGACGGAGGCACCGCGGCGCUUCCAGGUCAAGUCCAGGUCUCCGGUCUCCGCCCAGCUCUGGCAGCUUACCUCGCGGCCACAAAAGGAGCCCCACCCAGAGCACACACGAGCCGUCGCCGUCCCGGGCCAACUACGGAGGAGACGCGCGCCGCCGUGGCGUGUGGGCCCCGCUGCUGGUCCUCGCGGUGAUCACGGCCGGCGCGGUCGCACUGGCCGUGAUGACGGCGCGCUACCUGCGUGGGCCCGCGGCCUCGACCCUGGCCCGCUGCCACGGCGAGACGUGCCGCCGCUACGAAGAGCUGCUGGCCAACGCCAUGGACCCCGAGGCUCAGCCGUGCGACAACUUUUACGCGCACGUGUGUGGAACCUGGAUCAAGGCCGGCAGGAGGGCCGUCUACGAGGUCAACUGGGACCGCUUCCUGGUGGAGAUCGCGAAGCGCACGGCCGACUUCACCCCGCGCACCGGCUCGGACCAGGAGCCGGUUGACAAGGCGGUCGCCUACAUCCGGGCCUGCCUGUCUCCGCUCGAACGAGACAACAUGCCCGAGGUGCGCGCCGUCCUGGCCGCUGCGGGAGUCACGUGGCCCCAGCCUGACCCGGAACCGGACUUCCUGUCCGUGAUGUUCCUCAUGUCGCGGCACGUCUACCACCCGGUGUUCAUCGCCGUGGACGUGGACACCAUGGAAGGGCCGAGGACCCUGAUGCUCUCGUUCGGAGGACAGUUCCCGUCGACGUACGAACAGAUCUCUCAGCACGUGACCACCAUCCACGCCAAGCAGCACUUCCGCGUCACCUACGAGAGCCUGGCGCCCAUGAACGAGACUCGCCUGGACGAGCUGUUCGACCAGUUCAUCGUCAUGAAGCGUUUCCUGGACAACCACACGCCCAUGACGGACGACGGCCACAGCAGUGCGGACCCGGCGUCCUUCCUGCAGUGGACGCCAUCCGUUCCCGAGUCUCGCUGGGACGAGCAGACGCGGCGCUUCCUCGACAGUCCUCUGCGCCGCCUGGGCGGUUGCUUCAUCGACCACGUCGGCGCCUUCAAAGCGCUGUUCGAACUACACGCGGCCUUCGGCGAGAACAAGAUGGCCAACUUUGUCGGUUUCUUCGCCGUUCAGGCCCUGGUGGGCUUCGGCAACAUCCGCCUGCUGGAGAGCUUCUACGGUGCCUCGGACGUGGCUACCGAAGAGCAGCGCAAGUAUUGCGUCAUGACGGCCUACCAGAUGUUCGCGUACGCCAUCGACAGCUUCCUGGAGACGGGCACCAAAGGCGCUCUGACGGACGUGAACACGCUCGUCGGUUGGGUAGAGGCGGCCUUCGGGCGCCUCCUCAGAGCCACGGACGAUUCGUCCUCGCUCGGGGGAGACCCGACGCCCGAGCCGCUGCACUUGAAUCUCAACCAAGCGUUCAGCAUCCUUAAUUACUCCAGGCGCGAGGUCACGCAUAGCAUCUAUGCCGGGUACCCUGAAAUGGUCAUGGAUGCUCCAUUGAGCAACAGCAUCAACGCGUCGGCCUACAUGCAAGCCACGCAGCAAAUGGCCUCCGCGUCCGGGCAGACGGGACAGACCCCCUACCAAGGCUACCAAGCGUUCGACGCGACCAUCUUCAACAGCUUCCGCCUCAACCCGCAGCUCCUGGUGUUCCCGUGGUACGAAGCGGACGCCCACGUUGGAGUCCUGCUGGGCGGCCUGGGUGCGAGGCUGGCGGCGGCCGUCUUCUACGACUACGUCGAGCGAAACAACGGCAGCGGCAGCGCCCUCUACGCUGAGAACCAGCGCUGCCUGUCGCCCAAGAACGAGACCAGCGGUAGCAAGAGCAACGUCGACACCGACCUCCAGGGGGCAGUGGCGGCCGCCGCGGUCGUCGCAGACGUCUACAAGGAGGUCGCCGGAAGCGGCGACCGAGCUUGGACUCAACGCGAGUCCCCGCCGCCGUGGACGGGCGAGAGCGUGGCGUUCGCGUUUUUCUGCUGGCUCAACUGCGGCGACGCCGAGCGCGGCCCGAGCACAUGCAACACGGCCGCCAUGCACAGCCGGGACUUCGGGCGCGUCUUCGGGUGUCCCGCGGGAUCACGCAUGAACCCCGUCAAGAAGUGUCGCCUAAAGGUUUAGCCCGAGUUUCGAGACUGGG